AUAUUUUUUAACACUGGUUGAGUAUAAUUUUAAUUACAAUCGACUUGUCGAUAGUCGACUGCGAUUUGGCUGAAUUUGGUAGGAUUGCGCCCAUUUGGCAUAGUUUGUUGAAUCGUUUCGCACUCCACCAAUAGUAGUUGUUGCUGGUGGUCGUUGUUUCACGCGCCUUACUGCUCCAAUAUUCUUCAUGGUGUUUCGUGGCUACUUGCCGUGCUGGCAGCUCCGCCAAGAAAAAUUUCAGGUUUUUCUUGAGGCGUGUCUUGACUUUCAUUGAUAAUUCCUGACAGCUAAUGUGUCGUAUUUCUUAUCUGUCAUUAAAUGUGUCAGCACAGUGUAUCGAUGACUACCAUUUCUUCGACUUUAGAUACAACUGUUAAAAGUAAUGAGGAGGAGGGUUUUAAAGAAGACACGGAUGAAAUUGUAGAGAAAUUAGUUUACGUGAAUGAAAAUGCGAUGGACUGCAACUAUGACGAGUCGAACGAUACUUCAAAAAAUCUGGAGACUCUUCCAGAACCAUCGAGUCCAGAAAUGUUUGCCAGUGACGCAGAGGAUGAACCAGAUAAGGACAAAUCAUUGGCAGACCAGGAAAAAAGAGUAGAUGCUGGAGUGUCAACAGUGGAGGAUCGGAAAACAUACACGCAGGAGGAAUUGGUUGCUAUGUCGGACUGUUACUUGUUAGCUAGGAUGAAUAAGUUUUUAAGCGGAGUGCCUCCACCACCAAGUCACACAAUUUCACAAAAAGACUGUACAGAAUUCUUAAUGUAUAUUAGACAAAAUCGUGAAUAUUUUUGGGUAGAACCUAUCGAUAAGGAUGAUAAAGAUAAAGUAUUGUCUCACGAUAAAGCGAAAAAUAGGUCCAAUGAGAAGAAUGCGGAGAGUGAUAGUACGAAAAAUAAUAUUUAUCAACGACCACGGAAAGGUUCAAGAAAUUUGAGCAAUGCUUUCGAUGCCUGUGAUACAUCGAUUAAUACGACUUCGGAUAAAGAUUUACUGUCGAAGAGCAGUAAUAUCUGUGAGAUUAGUAGCAACUCGACGAUUAAUGUACUUCAAUCAGGUGAUAUGACUAGAAUGUACAAUAUAAUGGAAGAUGACUGCAGCACUACUUGUGCCUCCAUAAAUUCCUCGAUAGCAUGCAAAGACUGGACUUCUAAGGAACCACUAGACAACCCAUCACUUUUACGCUACUGUACCACUAACAAAGACGAAGCAUCUGGGUUAUCAUGGCCAGAAGCAUUUCAACAUAAGUUUCAUGGGAUUCAUUAUAACCGAAGUAAAGUCAUAGAGGAAUUUGAAAAUCUGACGACGAAAAUGUGCGAGAGAUACGUGGGUGCUGAAACGCAAUCCACCUGUAACGUAUGGUUUACGAAACAAGCACCUGGGAGCGCAAGGAAACGAAGUCUGUUAGCCAAGAGGAACAUUGGUCAGAGUCCAGGAAAAAGACUGAGUCAUUUAGCGAGAAGACGACGAACGUUUUCUAGUGCAAAUCUUCAAGGUUUGGGACUUCCAGACAAGAAGCAUAUAGUACUUAAUGUUAAGAAACCUAUAGUUAGGAAAGGUAAGAGUCCCAGGGGAAAAAGUCCCAGAGGAAAAAGCCCUCGUGGCUCGGCCAAAAAACGCGCGUCUCGCCGACUAUCCUUAGAAGGUCCAAGUCCUCGGAAAGUCAAACUUGAGACUUCCAAGAGAGCACUCUUUCAAAGUCCACCAGGUGAUCGAGCAGGCCCUAGUAAAUUACUAGCCUCCACGAGUGCAAAUCCCCAAAAAAUCAAGAGAGCAUUAUUCCCUACUCCCAAGAAGAAGGAAGAAAAUUCAGAAGUCUUCGAAAGAGUCAACUUCGAAGAAUCUAGAAAGAGGAAAUGUGAAGACGAGCUGGAAGGACCUAGAUUAAAAUGGGCUAAGAGUUUAUCCUUCGACUGCCCUUACGACUUGGGUAAUGCUUCGAUGGGAUCUUGGGAUCGUGACAGGCACUCCACCGGUAGCUUGAAAUCGAAGAGCGAAACAGCCUUUCAGAAUGACAAAUGUGAACUCAGCGAUACUCGUAGGAAGAAAUUACUGUGGGCUGUAGCCGAAGCUCUGCGGAGUAAAGGAAUUGGCAUGGGACAUCCAAGAUUCAAGCAGUACGCCUCUAACUUGGCACGCACUGUGAAAAAGUUAAUGCCAGAUUUAGAAAACAAGAAUUUACCUCGGAAGCCAGGCAGUACCAGCGAUCGCAUGUUAAAACUCGCCAAACACCAUGUACUCUUUGUCCUCGAAACAAAGAAAACCAUAGUCUCGGACAGUUAAAAAAAAAGCUGGGCUACAUUUAACGCUUCUCGAGUUUUACAAUUGAACUAAGCCCAGUCGUGUCAAUUCAUCCUUGUUGUGUGCUCCUAUUGUUAAUUAGUUAAUAGAGAACUACCGAUUGUUUUCCUCGUGUGACCCUUGACUCGCGAUGUGGUCAACUCCUAGCGCAAUCAAAGUUAGUGACAACGUCGAGGCUCGACGUAAUCACUAGCAACAUUGUCGCUUAAACGAACGUUGUUGUAACUUUAAAUUAUUUAACGUGUACAUACAAAGUCGGGGAUAGGGUAAUGAACGAGAAUUCGGUUUUCGCUCGUAGAUUCUAAGGUGCUGCCGACA